AUGGCUGGACUCAGCCACGGUAGAGCAGGUCCUUCUGUACUGUCCGAGUCGAAAACAGGCAUGGUUGGUCUCGAAAUCUCGCAGAUUCUUCAUCUAGUGAUCGCCCACAUGAAAGCUAUAACUGAAGGCGCAUUUCGAACGCUGUGGGACCAUCUGGAAGACCCUCUGCCAGAACCUGACCUGGAAAGCGACUGCAGACUCAAGCACCUGGUGACUACAUACCUAUACUCUUUGGACAACGUCAGUCGACGUACGCGAGUACCACGGUUCAGCCAAGUUUCCUACGGGUUUGAAGCUGCGGACAUUAUACACCAACCCAAGUAUUUCCGCCUGAAGACUGAGAAUGCCUCGAAUCAGAUCUUUCAAAUCGGCAGCCCUGGCGGGUGGACGAGACUGUUGGAGGUUAUUGAUGUCCUCCUCUUUAUCGAAGGCACCCAAGAUCCUAUCGUGCCGCAUUCCCCAGAUGCGGCAAAUGGGCAUGGCGACUUCACAUCUGCUGAACUGCACAGGAUGCCCCGACAGCGAAAAUUUGAUGGCAGCAACAAUUGCGAGUCUCCGAUGUCUCUGGAACGACGCUUUUAG